UAAACUAAGCGCUCCUCUCACUUUCUCUUGCGUGAGGGUAAAAUAAAGUGCGUAUACAGUGCACGACGUUUGUAUCAAUCGAGCAGUUUCGAGCAAGUAUCCAGCACGGAAUGAGAGAAGUAUGAAACCGCGCAAAGAGAACGCAACGCAAUAAAAGCAUGUAACCUACAGAAGAGUGAUGGAGAGGCCACGAAAACCAGAGACAGAGAGACCGCAUCAACAACUCGAAACACCAACCAAAAACCGAUCGUCCGAGUCAGAGCAUCGACGCAUCGGAAGUUUAUUUCGAGUUUGAACGCGAACCCUAACGGACGUGCAUGCAGCAUUAGUUAGGAUUAGAAAAACCGGAGAAACAUACCGGGUACAGACAAAAACGUAGGAGAGAAGUGUCUGGGACAUCUGUUUCGGGCAAAAUCGACGGAAAUCGUACAAACGUCGCGUUCGAGUAAGCGAAAAUUAAGCAACCAAAAAAGAAAAAUCCACCCGUUUUGUAUGCGUUUUCGAUAGCAGUGAGUGCAUAUAAUUACAGUUGUUUUGUACGGAAAACGGCAGUUCGUGCAGUGCACACUCACACACAACCAGCAGUUGUCUGUGAAAAGCAGAGAAGUGUGAAACGCAAGUAUAACGCGCCAGCACCCAAAUCAUAAAGUGAAGCUGCUGCUCUCGGGCGUGAAGUGAAGUGAAGCGGAUUGGAAAACGAGUUUUUCCACCCUUCUAAGCAAUCGUGUAUAAGAGAAAAAAAAAGUUCCACCGAGUACCGCGCAGUGCUUACCAGCGCUCUCGGGUCGUGUUGCACGUGUGAAUCGGUCUGUCCAGUUGAGAAGCCUCGAAUGGACUUAGGGCAGUAGCAAAAAAAUAAAAAAAAACGACAAGCAGGACGUGAUCUGAAGGUAGAAAAUCCUUGUGGACCCAAACCGAAAGUCCAACCCGAUUUUCAUCAAAACCCAUCCAUCCCCCCGGUUUGGAUGAAUGUUGAUGAGCAAAAGCAUCCAAUCUACCAAGCGCAAAAGAAAGGAAGCAAAAAUUCCUUAGUGAGCUUCACGCAGUGAGUUUCGCGUGGAAAAGUGGUGGGGUGCGUGCGUGCGCUUCGGUGUGUGUUUGUGUGUGGGAAAAAGGAAAUCAAUACCGCGGAAAAUCUAAUCCGUGUCUUCCUGUUUUGUGCUGGGUUGUUGUAUGGUGUUCGUUGGCUGUAUUUUCUAUACACCACUUUCCAUCUGUGUGUGUGUGUGUGCGUGUGUAAGCAGUGUUGGCCGCAAUGCAAAAUGAUCCAAUCCUGAUAGUACGUGCAGUGAAAAAUUAGAAUAUUCUAUCAAUCGUGUUCGGUGUGGUUUCGUGUUUUUGGGAAAUUGAUCCAACCAAACGCACGCCACAAGGCCGUAAUGUGUUGGUAAAGGGCGCGCGGGUGUGCAAAAGCUUCCGGGGCCUUUCCCAUUCCUUCCCUGGGCAAACUACCCCCGGGCAGGUGGAAUGUGUGGUGAUGGUUGUAGCAGCCCGCAAUUAUUGUGCCGUCGUUGUGUUCCGUAUUGGUUCGGUUUAAGUUAUCGGUUCGUGCAACCUUGCGGCCACAGCUGGAUCCGUGCGGUGCGUUUUAGUAAAGGGGCCUCUAGGCGUUGCCUAUCCCACUUAUCAGUGAGUGGAUAAGAAGGAGAAAAUUGUGAAACGAAAUAUAUAGGAAGUGUUUCGAUUUUGGGUGAAAGAAAAAAAAUGUACACACCGAUCGACAAAAUGCAUCAACGAAGAACGCGUGAAUUCAACACGAUGGUGUUGCUGCUGCGGCUAGCGGUGUUUGUGUGCACCCUUGCCCUGGCCACCUGCUCCCAGUGCACGUGGGAGUACGAAAAAUCUAGCGUCAUCUGCCGGUUACGGACACUCGAACGUACCGGGCUCGAUCUGCAAGGUGCCGAAGGUACCUCCCGGUUGGACAUCGAGUGUAGUGAGUUGAUACUGUUCGAGAGUCAACUACCGCGGAACAGUUUUAGCCGGCUGGCGGCACUCGGCGAACUUCGGGUCGAGUCAUGCAAGCUGCUCCAGCUGCCCGAGGGUGCCUUUGAGGGUUUGCUCGCCCUGAAGAAGCUGAGCGUUAACACGCGCAACUACGAGUGGGGACCGGGCAAGGUGCUGGAACUGCAAGCCGGUUCCAUGCGCGGUCUCAAGGAGCUGCAAUCGCUCGAUCUGAGCGACAACAAUAUACGCGCACUGCCCGAUGGUUUCCUGUGUCCGCUGACCGGGCUGAAGGUGUUGAACCUUACCAACAAUCGCUUCCGGUCGGCGGAAGCACUCGGUCUGGCGGAGAAGACGUGUGCCGGUGGGUCGGAACUGCAGGCCCUUAAUCUCGCCUACAACGAGCUGCGUGCCGUGCCGACCGGUUGGGGCGUAUCGAAGCUGCGCCGCCUGCAGCAUCUCAACCUCGAGUUCAACAAUAUCUCGGAAGUGCACGGCGACGCGCUGGCCGGGUUGGGUUCGCUCCGUACGCUGAACCUUAGCUACAACCAUCUGGAAACGUUACCGGCCGGUUUGUUUGCCGGAUCGCGCGAUCUGCGUGAAAUCCAUCUGCAGGGUAACCAGAUCUACGAACUACCCCGCGGGCUCUUCCACCGGCUCGAGCAACUGCUCGUGCUGGACCUGUCGCGCAAUCAGCUGUCGUCACACCACGUCGACAAUGGUACCUUUUCCGGGCUGAUCCGAUUGGUGGUGCUCAAUCUCGCCCACAAUGCACUGACCCGCAUCGAUGCACGUACCUUUGCCGAGCUGUACUUCCUGCAGAUAUUGGAUCUUCGCAACAACUCGAUCGGUUACAUCGAGGAUAAUGCAUUUCUGCCGGUGUACAAUCUCCACACGCUCAAUCUAGCGGAAAACCGGCUGCACACGCUGGACGACCGGCUUUUCAACGGGCUGUUCGUACUGUCCAAGCUAACGCUCAACAACAACCUGAUCAGCAUCGUCGAACCGAACGUGUUCCGCAACUGUUCCGAUCUGAAGGAGCUGGAUCUUAGCUCGAACCAGCUAACGGAGGUGCCGUACGCUAUUCGCGACCUGUCGAUGCUGCGGGCACUCGAUCUCGGCGAGAACCAGAUUGCACGCAUCGAGAAUGGUACGUUCGCGAAUCUGAAUCAGCUGACCGGAUUGCGGCUAAUCGAUAAUCAGAUCGAAAACGUCACCGUCGGCAUGUUUUCCGAUCUGCCCCGUCUGUCCGUGCUGAACUUGGCGAAAAACCGGGUGCAAAACAUUGAGCGUGGUUCGUUCGAUCGCAACCUGGACAUUGAGGCGAUCCGUCUCGACGGUAACUUCCUGACGGACAUUAACGGUAUCUUUGCGACGCUCGCUUCACUGCUGUGGCUCAACCUGGCCGAAAACCAUCUGGUGUGGUUCGACUACGCCUUCAUCCCGAGCAACCUCAAGUGGUUGGACAUACAUGGCAAUUACAUCGAAUCGCUCGGUAACUACUACAAGCUGCAGGAGGAGAUUAAGGUGAAGACGCUCGAUGCGAGCCACAACCGGCUGACAGAUCUCGGUCCAAUGAAUGUCCCGAACAGUGUCGAGCUGCUGUUCGUGAACGAUAACCACAUUGGUACGAUCCAUGCCAACACGUUCAUCGAUAAGGUAAAUCUGGCCCGGGUUGAUCUGUACGCGAACGCGCUCAAGAAGCUACAACUCCACCAGUUGCGUGUAGCGCCAGCCCCUACCACGGAUCGGCCACUGCCCGAGUUUUAUCUCGGUGGCAAUCCGUUCGAGUGUGACUGUUCGAUGGAGUGGAUGCAGCGGGUGAACAAUCUUACGACGCGGCAACAUCCGAAAAUUAUGGAUCUACCAAACGUGGAGUGUAUAAUGCCGCAUGCCCGCGGUUCACCGAUCCGUCCGAUUGUGUCGCUGCAACCGAAAGACUUCCUGUGCCGGUACGAAACGCACUGUUUCGCCCUCUGCCACUGUUGUGAUUUUGAUGCGUGUGAUUGUGAGAUGACGUGCCCGUCGAACUGCACCUGCUACCACGAUCAAACCUGGGGCACGAACGUCGUUGACUGUGGUAAUCAGGGUGCCGCCUCUACGGCUGCCGGUGGUCUACGUCCAGUGCCGAUGGACGCGACGGAGGUGUAUCUCGAUGGGAACGAUAUCCCGGAACUGCAGCACCAUGUGUUCAUUGGACGUAAGAAUCUGAAAGUGUUGUACGCGAACGCGAGCCAUAUUACCACGAUACAGAAUCGAACGUUUGCCGGUCUGACGGCACUGCAGACACUGCAUCUGGAGGAUAAUGCGCUCCAGCGUAUCCAUGGCUAUGAGUUCGAGAAUUUAGCCCUGUUGCGUGAGCUGUACCUUCAGAACAAUGCACUUCAAUCGAUUGCGAAUGGAUCGUUUGCACCGCUGUACUCACUGAGGGUGUUGCGGCUCGAUGGAAAUCGGCUCGUAACGAUGCCACUGUUCCAGCUGCAGGCUGCCCAAGGUAAUCUGCAGGCACUGCAGUCACUAUCGCUCGGUCGCAAUCCGUGGAGUUGUCGGUGUCGUUUCCUACCGGAGUUGACAGCAUUCGUGGCGGACAAUGCAGUGAUUGUGCAAGACCCGCAGGAUGUGUACUGUGCGGAUGAUGGUGUGCAUCGCGAGCUAGACUUUAAUGUGAGUGCCGCGUGUAGUGACUUUUAUGCCGGACGUUCCGUACUGCCCGGUGACCGUCUGUCCGAAACGUAUAUCCUGCUAAUGGCCGGUGCGUUCGUGCUCACCUGUCUACUGCUGCUCGCCGUGCUAGUGUUUGUGUUCCGUGAGCCAUUACGCUUCUGGCUAUUUUCGCGCUACGGUGUGCGUGUGUUCGGUCCGCGAUGUGAAGAUUCGGAAAAGCUGUACGACGCAAUCCUGCUCUACUCGGCGAAGGACGCUGAACUAGUGGCGCGCAGUAUAGCGGGUGAGCUGGAAAAUGGACGGCCACCGUUACGGUUGUGUUUGCAGCACCGGGACCUACCGGAAGAUGCGUCCCAUCUGCAGCUGCUGGAAGCGUCCCGUGCUUCGCGGCGCAUAGUAGUGCUGCUGUCCCGCAACUUCCUGCAAACGGAGUGGAGCCGGUGCGAGUUACGCCGAGCAGUUCACGAUGCACUUCGGGGCCGUCCGCACAAGCUGGUGGUGGUGGAGGAAGGCGGCGGUGUGCUGCUGGAGGCGGAGAACGAUGUAGAGCUGGUGCCGUAUCUGAAGACGACCACCGUGACGCGGGUACGGCGCGGUGAUCGUCACUUCUGGGAGAAGCUACGUUACGCCUUACCGGUUGAGGCACCGUACCGUGGCAACAACUACACCAUCGACCAUCACGAGCGCGUGAAGCAAACUGUCGGUGCCAGUGUGGGCAGCGGUGGUGGUGGUGGUGGUGGUGGUGCCGUCAUGUUCCGACAACCGCCACCACCCGCCUACUGUCCCGAGAUCGAUGAGGCGAACUAUUCGUCGGCGACAACGGCAACACCUUCGCCGCGGCCAUCGCGCCGUGGUAUGGUCGAGGUGCCGACACAACGGCCACCGAGCGAACACAUCUACUCGAGCAUCGAUUCCGACUACAGUACGCUCGAGUGCGAAAACAUGGUGAUGGCACCGGCCGGCGUACAUCGACCGUCGUGGCGAUCGGCUGGCGGACAUCCCGUGCAGAACGGUGGUACGAUGCAUCCACACGGUCCGGGUGCCGGUGGCCAUCACGUGCAGGCGUAUCUGGUAUGAAAUGGCUACCCAGCCGUCGUGCCGUCUGUUAGUCGUUAGUCAGUAGGUAUUAGUGUACGUCACCGGACACCGGAUGCGGAACUGAACGGCAAGUGCUAAACAAAAAAAAUCCAAUGUGUAUAGGAAAAGCGUCCGAAAAGGGAGUGUUAGAGCAAAACGCAAAACAAACCGAUUGUGUAAUUGUAAAAAAAACGCAAAACCCCCGCUCUUAAUCAAUCUUUUCUUUAGUUAGCUCGUUCAUAAGCACCUGUACAUUAUAGAUUCGUUUUGAGUGUUUAUUUUUGUUCGUAUAGCUUAAUCGCGUCCAUUAAGCAUCGCUCCAUUUUAAGCCGUAUGUGUAUGUAUAUGUAAUGGUUUCAUUUUUAAUUGUAUUUAAUUUAAUAUUUGCUCGAGAAUUUGGAAGGUGUGGUGGAUUCGAAAAUUAAAAAAAAACAAAGAAGAGAACCAUUUCUGUUCGAAAUCCCGCCUAUCGCUCUCUUUCUCUCACAAACACAGUCAUCUCUUAAAGUAUUACUAGUAGGGCAAAGAAGAAGAAGAAGAAGAAGAAGAAGGAAAAAAUGGCGAAGCGCAAAUGAUGGUAAAACACACCCCGAAAAAAGGACUACUACUACCCUUGACGUUUUGUGAAGUGAAAACGCUAAAGGCCGUAAAGUAAAUAAAGGAAGAAAAAACUAUUUGUGAUAUCAUAUUUAAUAAGUUUUAAAUGUAAUAAUGCCGGGCGUGAGCGCAAAACAGGCGAAAGUGAUGCAAGAGUGGUCAAGAGAAAGAGAGAAAAGGGUGGAAAAUGAGAGGUAGACAAAUACACUGAAACAAAAGAAAAAGAAAAACACUCGUACACCAAACUCAACUAGUGGAAAUGGAAUUCAGCUUAGCGAGGCGCACAGACUUUAGUUGCAGAUAGGUUAAAAUGUAAAAAAACAACUUGUGGAAAACAAAACUACUGUGUUUCAAACUUUACGUCGAAGCUCAAACAAAAUAAAAAAAAACACUGACCAGGUUGGAAAUAAAAGGAAAUGAAAUGAUAAAACUUUGAAAAACAAAACAAAUAUGGCUUAUUUCGAUUCGAUUUCAUUGGUAUUAGACAGAAAGAAGGAAAUUUGUGGUUUGGGAUGUGUGCGUAUGUCGCACAGCCAGCCAUACACAAUUGCAUUUUAAUUAUAGCUUUGUUGGGGUUUUUUUUUGCUUCACUUUUCGUUCGUUUGUCCACUUAUUCGAGUUCCGUGUUGUUCCCUCCCGGAAGCAAGCAAUACCUUUACAGGGACAGGUUUUUUUUUUCUUAUUUUGCCAUCCUAUUCGUCAUCGUUGCAUUCCUUGUCUCAGAAAAAAAACAACACUAAGAGGGAUAAAAUGCCAUUUGGCUAGAAGGCCAUAAUUAACACUAAACGGCACACACAGACAUACUGGUUUGGCCUCGGGAUGCUUCGCACCGGCGUGGAAUCAGUGUCAUGUGUUUUCUGAACCAUUUUAUUUCUUCCUUUCCUCCGUUUUCCCAUUUCUCCCAGCACGGGCGUCAGCAGGCUGGGCCCUUCCUUAAUUAGUUUGCCAUCCUUGCCGGGUUUUGUUUUCUGAUGUUUGUGUUGCUUAGGUGCGUGCGUGCGUGUAUGUGGGAAACAGUUGUGGACGGAUCACACAGUUCCAAUGGUAAGGAGAGUCAAGCCCUACCGUUCGGUGUUUGUGUGGCAUCCUCUAGCCGAGUUAGUCAGCGUGUAAUUAUUAUUUAAAUUAUUUAUUCACAAACCUAUUUAACGAAAGGACGAAGAUUUGCUCGACAGAACAUUACAACACCGCACAAGAGGAAAUGUUCGUUGAACGUUUAGAACUCACACACGCACGCCGAUGGACGUGUAAAACAGGCAGGACACAUGUAAACAUACACUUUAGCGAGGUACAGAAUUAGUGAAGCGUAAAAUUGCUGUUUGAUAAUGAAAGAAAAAAAAAGCAAAACUGCCUACCAGCAAGGACUGAUGGAAUGAAAACGAAACAAAACGAAAAAAAAGAAGUGUAACCGGAUUGUAACAUAAAAGUGGUAAAACAAAAGAAAGAACAUGCAAAUCCUGUAAAUAGACGCUAGCUUAAUAGGACUGUUAAAAGCGAUCGUAACGCAUGCACAAAACAAAACAAAACAAAAAAAAACGGAAAUCGAAAUUCGGCGUUAAGCGUUAGAUGGUCCCCGUUUUACAUCCUCGAGCGAAAUGAUUCCUUUUUUCCUAUAUCAGACUGAAUUAGUGUGUAGCGACUGAAGGUGGCUGGGGAACGUGGUAUCAGAAAGUGUGAUUAAAUUAUCAGAUGCUAAAGAAAACGAAGGAAGAAGAAAAAAAAACAUUCUUAGGUAGCGUGAGAUGAACAAUUGGCAAUAAUUUAGAAGAAAGGAACAUAAAACAAAACUUACCGGCUGCACAUAGGGAAAACCAUAACUGGCAAAACGAUAAAAUAAAUAUUGGUGCAAAUGGAACAUUGUAAAAAAACACAAAAGAACAUGUAAAUAAUGGUUAAGUAAAUCAGAAUGUUGCGCUAGUUGCAGAUAAAAACAAAACAAAGCUAAAAUCGAUUUACCAGAGCGAAACAUUAGAUACAGAGAUAUAGCAGAAGAGGAAGAAAACAAAUACACAAACACUCGCAAAAAAAAGAAAAGCAAAAAAACAAAACCGGAUGUUACUAAAGAGAAAUAGAGCAGUCGCGCUUUUCAGCACACGUAGCAAAACCCUGCUCCCCAUUUACCAGUUCUGGCUGUGGGCGUUUGUGCGGGACAAAAGUGGCCAAAAAACGAAAAAAAAAAUACCGAAAAAAACAGACCCAGAACCGUUACCUUCUGUUCCGUUUGCUCGCGAGGGGAGAUUGUAGUGGUUGCACGAUGUUGCACUAGAAUGUUUUUUUUUGGUUUAUUGAGACCCCCUUUACGCUUACGCAAAGGUUUGCAAUUAGUGUCAAAUCGAUGCAGCAAAGCUAGACAGUGGGGAAUAAGAGGAAGGGAGAAAAAGAGAAAAGGUUACACAAAAUUGAUACAAAUAAAACAGACAGAAUGGUUUUGCCUACAGGUAAAGCAAACAAGUUGCAAUAUACGGACAAGUUAAGCAAACAUAAAAACGACAGCAACAACAAAACAACAACCACAAAAGCACACUACUAGAGUAAGCGAACAAAACCAAGUCAAGUGUAUGUAUAAAUGCCACAACACAUAGCUGCUAGAAUGCGCCCGUUGCCUGCUCGUAAAGGAAAGAAACAAAAAAUCGUAUAUAUAUAUAUAUUAAUAUAUUUUAGGACUAUGGUAAUAUAAAAAAAUGGACAAACAAUUGCGAAUCGGUGGUACAUAUAUAUAUAAGAAGCAGAAGAAAAAGGGAAAAAACCAGAUAUACAUAUAUACACGCAAACCACUCUAUUAUAUACAUAUAAGGUAAAACGGCUAAAGCGAGUACGAUAUGGUUCACAAUAAACCAACAAAACAAAACACGCGAAAACAAAAAGCGAAAGCGAGAAAGAGAGAAGAAAACAAAACACGUGAAUAAAACAAAAAAACUAAUUAAUCAAACAUCAACAA